GGGUGCCUCCGAGUGCUAAAUUUAUCUUCAGACGAGCGACCGCGCCAGCCGCGAAUCGGAUCUCUAUGGAGGUGGUAUAGGCGGUAUCCCUGAGCUAAGAGCAUCACCCUGUCCCUGAAUCCUUUCCUCUGUUUUGUUUUUCAUUCCUCCCUCCUCCCUGUCCCCUCCAGUCCGCGACGACUGGCUCUUGACCCUGUUCAGGCCUCGGUGAAGGCCUUUGGUUACUCCCCUUCCACCCCAUCCCUUAAUUUUAUUCUUUUGAAGAGUGCGUUUCAAGCUGUCAAGGUGGAGAAUGUGAUUGCAGAAGGGAGUACUCAUCGUUUCAGCUUCUAUUUUUAUGCGAUAAUCUACCUUUAAGAAAAGGUGUGCCAUACCUGAGAGCACCAGGAAGUCGCGUGAGAGAUCACCUGAUAGACGAACGUGUGAUGUUCCAUCUGCGCAUUGAUGCAUAGGCAGCAUUUACAAAUUAACUGAUGUGUUGCUAUAUAUCAUCUCUUUGAUGAUUGCUCAUCUUCUAUGUAUCCUGUCUUAUAAUUUCAACACAUUUGUGAUACUCAAUGUUUAUUCUAAAUUAACCAUGUUUUGUACCACAAAUACAUUGCCUAUGGAUCUGUUGCUGAAACAAGGAAGUCUUAAACAAGAAGUAGAAUCUUUUUGUUAUCAAAUUGUGUCUGAAUCGAAUGAUCAAAAGGUUGGAAUAUUACAAAGUGAAGAUGAACAAUUGCAGCCUUCAGUUUCUAAAAAAUCACAAGGUGAGCUUUCCAGGGUCAAAUUUAUGUCCAGUUCCAACAAAAUAACCUUUAGUAAGAAACCAAAAAGAAGAAAAUAUGAUGAAAGUUAUUUGUCUUUUGGAUUUACUUACUUUGGAAAUAGAGAUGCACCUCAUGCUCAGUGUGUGUUAUGUAAGAAAAUUUUAUCAAAUAGCUCUUUGGCCCCUAGUAAGCUUCGAAGACAUUUGGAAACUAAACAUGCUGCAUAUAAAGACAAAGACAUCAGCUUUUUCAAGCAACAUCUUGAUUCACCUGAAAAUAAUAAACCCCCAACACCUAAAAUUGUCAAUACAGAUAAUGAAAGUGCUACAGAGGCAUCAUACAAUGUAAGUUACCAUAUAGCCCUGAGUGGAGAGGCUCAUACUAUUGGAGAAUUGCUUAUCAAGCCUUGUGCGAAAGAUGUCGUGAUGCGCAUGUUUGACGAACAAUAUAGUAAAAAAAUAGAUGCAGUUCAACUAUCUAACAGUACCGUUGCACGUCGAAUUAAGGAUCUAGCUGCUGACAUUGAAGAAGAGCUUGUUUGUAGACUGAAAAUUUGUGAUGGUUUUUCACUGCAACUAGAUGAAUCAGCUGAUGUUUCAGGACUUGCUGUGCUGCUUGUGUUUGUUCGUUAUAGGUUUAAUAAGUCUAUUGAGGAAGACCUACUCUUAUGUGAAUCUUUGCAAAGUAAUGCUACUGGGGAAGAGAUUUUCAACUGCAUCAACAGUUUUAUGCAGAAACAUGAAAUUGAAUGGGAAAAAUGUGUUGAUGUUUGUACUGAUGCUUCUAGGGCAGUGGAUGGGAAAAUUGCUGAGGCUGUCACCUUGAUAAAAUAUGUGGCUCCUGAAAGCACCAGUAGUCACUGCCUAUUAUAUAGACAUGCACUAGCAGUUAAAAUAAUGCCUACAUCUCUGAAAAAUGUGCUAGAUCAGGCGGUACAGAUCAUCAAUUAUAUUAAAGCUCGACCACAUCAAUCCAGACUACUAAAAAUUUUAUGUGAAGAAAUGGGUGCCCAGCACACAGCACUUCUUCUAAACACAGAGGUGAGGUGGCUUUCUCGAGGUAAAGUUCUUGUAAGACUUUUUGAGCUUCGUCGUGAACUAUUGGUUUUCAUGGAUUCUGCUUUUCGACUAUCUGAUUGUUUAACAAAUUCAUCUUGGCUGCUAAGACUUGCAUAUCUUGCAGAUAUUUUUACUAAAUUAAAUGAGGUUAAUCUGUCAAUGCAAGGAAAAAAUGUGACAGUUUUUACAGUAUUUGACAAAAUGUCAUCAUUAUUAAGAAAAUUGGAAUUUUGGGCUUCAUCUGUAGAAGAAGAAAACUUUGAUUGUUUUCCUACGCUCAGUGACUUUUUGACUGAAAUUAAUUCUACAGUUGAUAAAGAUAUUUGCAGUGCCAUUGUGCAGCACCUAAGGGGUUUGCGCUCUACUCUGUUAAAAUAUUUUCCUGUAACAAAUGACAAUAAUGCUUGGGUUAGAAAUCCAUUUACGGUAACUGUUAAGCCAGCGUCAUUAGUAGCACGGGACUAUGAGAGCCUGAUUGAUUUAACGUCUGAUUCUCAGGUGAAACAAAAUUUCAGUGAACUUUCACUAAAUGAUUUUUGGAGUAGCCUAAUUCAAGAGUACCCAAGCAUUGCAAGGCGUGCAGUUCGUGUACUUCUUCCUUUUGCUACAAUGCACCUGUGUGAAACAGGAUUUUCAUAUUAUGCUGCAACAAAAACGAAAUAUAGGAAAAGACUUGAUGCUGCACCUCAUAUGCGGAUCCGACUUAGCAACAUUACACCUAAUAUUAAGCGGAUAUGUGAUAAAAAGACACAAAAACACUGUUCUCAUUGAAAUUGGAGGGUUUUGCAUGUCUCUUAAUAACCAAAUAUAAGAGGAAAAUAAAAGGUGAUUUACUUCAUCUCUGGUAUACUGGGGUUUUAAAUAAAAUGAUUCAAAUUUUUUAUACUUAUAUUUUAAGAAAGCUAAAGUAUCAAAAAUUUAAACAU